UUAUCGAAACUGCUGUUUGCUGCGUUUGUUUACGCACGUGUUGCCUUAAUUUUUUUUGUUUUUUACUGGAUUUUUAAUAAUCCUGGUCAGAAAAUGGAUAGCGAAAAUGACGACUACGAGAUCACCGAUUCGGAGCAGGAGUACGAUAAGGAGGAGCGUGAGCUCCUGGAGGAUUUGCGCAAACAGCGCAACAAACGCCAGCAGCAGGAUCCCCACCAGGAAGUCCUGGCGUUCAGUGACUCGGACGAUGACGAUAAUGUGGCGGAACUGAUGCGAGACAGCGACAUCGAGGGUGCCGAGGACGAUGACGGCGAUCUGCCGAACACAAUGGACUGGGGUAGCAAAAGAAGCACGUACUACAACACGGAUUUCGUGGACCAGGACUACAGCAGCUACAAUGCCCAGGAAGAGGAGCAGGCCCGCGCCGAGGAGGAGGAGGCCAAGAAGAUUCAGUUGCGCCUGGCCAAGCGGCUCAGCGAGGCUGACUUUCAGCUGGACGAUGUCCAGGCACCUGCAGCAAGCAGCGACGAGGAGGAAGCUGCCGAGGUCACCAAGGUGACAACCGAUUUGACCGGAUUAACGCCACGCGAACGCCUGCAGCUUCUGCAAAAGGAUUCACCGGAGUUCAUAGGCCUCACCCAGGACUUUCAGCAGCAUCUGCAGGAGGUCAAGGACCUGAUCACACCGGUUCUUAACUACGUGCGCAAUCACGAUGUUCCCAUGGUGCCGGCCCUCAAAUACGCCAGUCUCUACCACACCGUUCUCUCCACCUACUGCUCCAAUGUGGCCUUCUACUUGCUGCUAAAGGCGCGCCGAAGCAACGUUAAAUUCCACCCGGUGGUCAAGCGACUGGUGCAGCUCAAGCAACUGCGGGAGCAGCUGACGCCGCGCUACGAGGAAUACAUACGGCCGCAGCUGGAGGCUUUGCUGGAGCGGAUUGCGGACGGCGAUGCCUUCACCGUGCUGGAUGUGGAGCAGCGCAAGGCCAAGCUGCAGAUCCUUAACAAGUACAGCAACGGCGAACUGGCGGAGGUUAGCUCGGGUGACGAGGAGGAGAAGAAGCAGAAGGAUCGCGAGGACAGAGAGGAGCAGGACGAGGAGGACGCAGAGGAAGGUGAAGAGCAGGAGGAGGAGGUCGCCCGACGCGGCAUCACCUACCAGAUGGCGAAGAACAAGGGUCUCACGCCGCACCGCAAGAAGGAGCUGCGCAAUCCGCGUGUCAAGCACCGCGGCAAAUACCGCAAGGCGCUCAUCCGGCGCAAAGGAGCCGUGCGCACGGUGCGCAAGGAGCUCCAGCGCUACGGCGGCGAGAUGUCCGGCAUUAAGGCCACCGUCAGCAAGAGCGUCAAGUUCCGCGUAUAGUUCAACUAGCCAUUAUCUAAUAAAUCGACAACUAUCCCCUUGUUUUAA